AUGUCUGUGAAUCGAAAGCCUCCAGCUUCGAAUGGUAGAUUGCCAUCGAAUAUGAAGUCUUGGAAGGUGAAUGAGCCUCUGCAUGCGUCUAAUUCUCCCAGGACAUGUAAGUGGAAGCCCUUGCUCCUUUGGUUCUUUGGCUUUGUUGCCAUGGGGACUGUUUGGUUCAUUUUGAGUUUCAAUAGUAACUAUUUGGUGAACAAGGAGAAUGAAGCAAUUUGUGAAGAGAAAGCAAGAAUCUUGCUACGACGUUACAAUGUUAGUAGGGAGCAGAUUCAUGCUUUGGUCUCCUCGUUCCCUGGAUCAGAUCAGGUGAAAUACACUCUCCCCCACUCUUCCAAUUUGUAG